GGAGCGCGCUCCGCGAGCUCCGUCGUCGGAGGUGGUGCGCGAGAGCUCGAACAGGUCGGUUUCCGGUGAGAUGACGGUGUUUCCGCUCUCGCGGUCAAUCUCGCGACUCUCGUGUUCUACCGUUCCACAGUCGCGCUUGUUUGGAUACUCGUGCUUUCGCUCCGGCAUCGUGGGGAAAACAAACGAAAAGAAAACCGCAGGUGUAGGCAGGUAAGCAUAUCUCCUUCAAAUACUUGUCGAAGUUCUUCAUGUGCCUUACCAUAAUUUCAGGAUCAGGCGAGCUGAUGAAUUCGGUACACGACCCAAGGAUGGCAUACAAGUCGGCGCGCUCGGCCCUUCUCAGCGCGGGAAACGCAUACGGCAUAAGCAUCGGGCAGCCGAUAGAGUCAGUUCUUGUGACGAUUCCUGACUCCCUGGAGGUCGAGAUUGGGAAUUGCGAUGGGGGUGAAUGCAACUUCGCCAGCGACCACACUUACUUGAGUCAAGAGAGCCGCGAUGACGGUGAACGCAGCUUUGCCAGCUACCACACUUACUUGGAUCAAGAGAACCGUAAAGAGAAUAUGGGGUGGGAGCACGCCGAGGUGCUUCUUUUGAUCUCGAGUUAUCAGCAGCACCAACUGGACUUCCAUGAUAGAAAGAAGAAAAGAAAAGACAUCUGGCAGAAAAUCAGUGAUGACAUGGCUACACACGGCCACUUAAGGACAGCGGCCGACUGCGAGACGAAGUUUAAAGGCCUUAAGAGAACAUAUAACAAGCAUCGCCAACACAAGAGGAAAAGUGGCCGAGACAGGAAGGGUUGGCCUUUCUAUAAGGAGAUGGACGAUUUGUUGUCAUCAAGUGCGGAGUACCGGGCCCCUGUUCUUUCAAGCCAUGCCGGUCAACCUUCUACCUCAAGCGCCCAGGUGUUGCCUGCAUCUUCACCGUGCAGUGCACAAAUUCACUCGACUGAAAGCACACGUUUCAUUGAAGAGGACAGUGUAGGUGAUCUGCCCCAAGAACGAUGUGUACUAAAUGCGAGGGCUGCUAAACAGCGCAGAAGACCGAUAACGGUAUUGCAAAAUAUCUUUGAAAACAUGCAGGCCUGGCAAGAUGAAGAGCGACAAAGAUACAGGCAGCAACUAAAGAUGCAACGAGCCAAGCUGCGGAUGCUUAAACGCCUGACAGAGAGUUUGGGGUAGUGACUGCAGUUCAGAAAAUUGCUCUCUGCAAUGAAGUAGCGAGGUGUGUGGUGUGUUCAGUGAUGAAAAGUAAUGGAAGUUGUGACAAAAAACUGCUACAUGAACAGAGCUUCUCGCUCUUCAUUGUUGUACUUGUAUAUUUUUUUUUUACCUUGCAUCUCGUUUUUGGGCAAUAUUUUAAAUUCCUUUUUUUUAAACUGCAUGUUCAAAUGGGACUUUUAAGAAUGUUUUUUUUUUUUUUUUUUUUUUUACCUUUUUUUCAGCAAGAAACUUGGUAUUGUCACGCCCAAGAACAGCGCUGCUAAAUACUGUAGGGUUACUUGUGGGCUUUCAGGGAGUUGCCAAAAAGUAGUUGAAGGCAGAUAAGUGUUGACUGGUUCACGCAUGCUCGUCGUGUGCGACUGAGUGGGACUGCGACUGCUUGCAUCAGACUUUUCAAGCUGGCGGUGCCUGUGAAUUUAUGCCAAGAGUAGCGUAAGCAAUGCACCGAUUGUUUCCAAAUGCAGGGGGAGGCAUCUACGAUUGUAUCUACAUGCCUCCCCUCUCAGUAAAAAACAGUCAGUGCCUUGCUAACACUGCCGUCGGCUUGGAAACUCGUAAGCGGUCGCAGUUCCACCCGGUCGUACUUGACGCAUGUGUGAACCAGCUUAAUUGCAGAGCAUAAAUCCAGAUUUCCUGAAAUGUUGCCUGUUUAGCUUUUUCACUUUAUUAGUGUUAAAAUCUCAGCUACUAGAAUUAUCAUUCGCUAAUGCUAGUAGCUGAGAUCUCUUUUUGUCUAGUCGUUUGGACACUUCUGGGAUGUUGCUUUUGUUCUCUGCCUAUGUUUGUACUAGUCAAAAAGACUACUUUAUUGAAGUCAAAGUAUGGCCCUUUUCAUUGCCUUGUAAGCAUUAGUUCAUGUACUUUUGCAGCUGCCAAACUCAACAAAAAUGUGUUGGCCUGUAAGCAUACCACCAUGUCUUUCUCAGUUCACAUUGUUUGCUAAUCGUUCAUUUACACAAGAGUAUUGUUUUACAAAUGAGUUUAUUUUCCUCAUAUAAAACAUUGUUGCUUCUAGGUAUUCAUUGAAAUUCUAGUAGCCAAGAUCUCUUUAUCUGGUCGUUCAGACACUUCUGAAAUCUUGCUCUUGUUCUCUGCCUAUGUUUUUACUAGUCAAAAAGACAGCUUUAUUGAAGUCAAAGUAUGGCCCUUUUUAUUGCAUUGUAAGCAUUAAUUUAUGUACUUUUGCAGCUGCAAAACUCAACAAAAAUGUGUUGGCCUGUAAGCAUACCACCAUGUCUUACUCAGUUCACAUUGUUUGCUAACCAUUCAUUGACACAACGAAAGUAUUGUGUUACAAAUGAUUUUAUUUUCCUCGCAUAAAA